AUGACGGGGAAGAGCAAGUGGGACGAAAACCGACAAGUCGCGCGACGCGCGUUCCGAGUGUCCGGCAAACGCCGAUUGGCUGGUUCAUCCCGAGCCUCUCCGAGCCGACGCGUCAGCCGCGAGAAGUCGUUCGACCCUUGUUUCUUCCCUCCACCAUCCCCGCUCCUCUCCCCCCCGCCCCGUCUUCGCGUCCCCAUCCAGCCCGUCUCUGCCGCCCUUGUGCGUCCGCGGCUGCCUGGCGCCGAUGCGCUGGCAUUGAUCCCGCGUUCCGCGCCUCGUGAGUCGUCCUUAGCAAUUGCGUGUUUCUCGCCUCGCAUUGCCGGUCAGCGUUUCGCCCCGCUCCCCCGCCCCCCGCUCACGAUGCGCCCGUGCCUACAUUCGUUUCCUGUCCGCUCGUCGCCUAUACGAACGGGCUUGGAUUUGCGUCUCGUCGCCGCAGUACCGGGUCGUCGCGCUUGCAUUGCGUCCUUCGCGUCCGGAGACACGCAGGCGCAUCGCGUCGCGAUGCCAUCUCGCUCCCUCGCGGCGGCGUCGUGCUCGCGCUGGCGAGCGGCCGUCCGGCCGCCUGUGACGGCGCUUCAGGCCGUCCUGCGAAAGCGCCACUGCGAUGCGCUACCGCGCGCUGGCGCGGCCCCGCGCUCGCUCUGUGCCGUUCGCGCUAGCGCCUGCGCUACUCGCGCUAGCGAGCGGCCUUGCGGCCGCCAGUGGGCGGCGCUUCGCGCCGUUCUUGGUGUCGGUUAUCGUACCUGUAAUUAG